GCCUGCCGCCUGCCGCCUGCCGCCUGCCGCAGGAUCGCUGGGGCGCAGCUCGCGGGGGCCACCGAGACCUCUGCGCUGCUCCGCGAACAUGGCCGACUCGGAGAACCAGGGCCCCGCGCAGCCGAGCCAGGCGGCGGCAGCGGAGGCGGCCGCGGCGGAGGAGGUAAUGGCGGAAGGCGGCGCGCAGGGGGGAGAUUCUGACAGCGCGUCCGGCGACUCCGACGGCGCGGUCGGUCAGACGGCUGAGGAGCCCCAGACGCCUGCGGAGAACGCAGCGAAGCCUAGAAAUGACUUUAUCGGGAGCCUGCCUAACUCGGUGAGAUGCCGCGUCCUGGCGCUCAAAAAGCUGCAGAAGCGGUGCGAUAAGAUAGAAGCCAGAUUUGAUAAGGAAUUCCAGGCGCUGGAGAAAAAGUAUAACGACAUCUAUAAGCCCUUGCUCGCUAAGAUCCAGGAGCUCACCGGUGAGAUGGAGGGGUGUGCGUGGACCUUAGAGGGUGACGACGAGGAGGACGAGGAGGAGGAGGACGAGGAGGAGGAGGAGGGGGGGGAGGAGGAGGAGGAGAAGGAGGGAGAGCCUCCGGCAGAGGCUGCAGCGGAGGCGGCGGGCGCCGCCGCCGAGCACGAGGGUCCCCGCGCUGCAGUGUCUGACGACGCCCAGAAAUAAGCGGGGGCAGAGACUGCAGACCAGAAUGACGACGCAGAUGAAAAACCCCCAUUUUUUUUUUUUUUUUUUUUUUUU